UCACAUGCGAUCAGUGUUACUGUCUCGACCAAAUAUACGGGUGCUAUCUGGUAUAAUGGCGUCUUGCUCACCUCAAGACUUGGACAUAUUAUUAGGAGUUAAUCGAUUGAAGAAAUACUCAGAAGCAUUGCGGAGCUUAGGCGUUGAUGUUGUUGAAGACAUUAAUGACGUGACGGAAGCCAAUUUGAAAACAAUAGGUAUGACAACAGUUGAGAUUAACCGUUUUGUUCGGAUGCGUGAUUCAUUUGGUUCAGCUACACGCUUGUCAAUGAGUAGUUCAUAUUCGAUGUCAGCAACGACAACAGAUAUGUCGUCAUCCGCCAGUUCCAUCGCGUCAGAUGACUUGCAACAUUGCGAGUACGUGCUGCAUUAUAAGACAUUCACUAAUAUAAUUAGACAAGAAACACGACAGAUCAAUGGUUUGAAUCCUUAUGCAUUUACCAUGUCCGAAUUGGUUAACUUGAUACUACAAAAAGAAGGGCAAUCAUGUGAUGUAGACGCUCAGUUGUAUGAUGAAAAUGGAACUCCGUUAACUUAUGACGUUUUCUUCAACACUUGGACCCUAGACCAGAGGAAGAUAGAGUCUGGUGCCCUGCUUUUUGCAAUUUUCCAUUCUAGGCGGUCAGAAGAUGAUGGUAUACCAACAUUAGACAAACUUGAUCAUACAGAAGGUGCUGAUGUACUUAAUGUCCAUAUAAUGAUGGGCCGUACUUAUAAAGUGCAUGUUGAUCUCAUGCAAGACACUGAUGAGAUACAACAUAUAGGUGACUUUGAGAUAAAUGAUAUCGUAGCCCAUGUGCAACAUUUAUCAGGGAGUUCAGCCCUGGCGUGUUCUUUAGCAAACCUACUUCAUCAAAAGAGCACAUGUUUUCCACAAAAGGUUGCGUUAAUUGAAGGGUUGUAUUUCCUGUUUAGAAGAAUACUACCUUCACCAAAUGUAUCGCUCUCAAAUUGUGUUACCGAUGAAUGUGUAUUCGAAUAUUCCUGUGCAUGCUGGGCUUACAUACUCAAUGGUGCUAAGGGAGUCGGCAAGAAUUCCGAUAAAACAAGUUAUAGCCUUAUUUGUUCACAGACGUAUGAACGUCUAAUGGAACCUGUGACUAUUACAAUGGACAAUGGUCGACAAUUUAUCUGUGAAAAGAGUUUUGCCAUUCAAAAAAUAGAAGAUGGCGAAAUAAUUGCGGGAUAUUCUCUACCUUCUGCUGCAGCUGAUAACCUCGAACCUGCAUGUGAAAUUGAACGAUAUUUGCAGUGCUGGCCGUAUAGUUUCACAGAAUGUUACGUAUGGCCCAUGCCUCCGGGAUAUAAACACAAAUGUAGUAACAUAGAAGCUAUGUCAGUUGAAUACUUGGAAAAGACAAUUUCAGAGUUCGAGUUUUUAAAAAUCUACUCCCCUCUCCAACUAAAAGAAAAUGUACCAGUUCCAUGUUUGACACUUGAUCACAAGGCUCUUGUGGUCAUAUACCAGAGACGGGCAAAAUCUCUAGGCCCCAUCAAAGUAGUUGUACACAAUCCAUUAAAGAUGGCCGAUGAAUAUCACGAACUAGAUGAUUUAGCACUCAGUUUAAAGGAUCAUCCAUUUUCUGAGUAUAGUUGCACCACGGCAAAGCACACCCAUGCAAAGUUUACAAGAGAGCCACAAGAAGCAAUUGUUGUGCUGUUAGACAUAAGUGCUUCAAUGGCCGAAUUAUGUUUGAAACAGUCAAUGAAAAAGAUCGAAGCUGUCAAGCAUUUAUUCCAUGCCUUUGCAGAUAGAAGUAUAGCAUAUGAUUUCUGGCAUGUAAUCGGUCUGACAACAUUCUGCACAGACAUCGUGGUUGUUGAUGAAUGCACUGAAGCAUUGAACAGCUUCAAAGAGAAAGUUGACCAAGUAUUUCCAAGAGAUUCAACUGCAAUGUAUGAUGCAGUUAUAAAUGCAGUGUCACAACUUAACGAAAUUGGUGAGACCUAUCCUAAUUGCAAAAGGAGAAUUUUAUGCCUGACAGAUGGUUACGACAAUGUCUCGAAAAAAUCCAUAGUGGAAGCUGCAACCUCAUUACAAAGAUCAAAUGUUUGCCUGGACUCUGUUUUGGUUGGCGGUGCUAAUGACAACUUGAAGAGUUUGACCAAAAGUACAGGGGGUUGUUGUUUUCAUCCGACAUCUCUGAAAGAAGCUCUGAAAUUAUUUGAAAUGGAAACGGUUCUUUCGGUUAGAGCACGAAAAACAGUGACGAAGGCAAAGACAAUAACUAAACAGAUGGAUCUUUACAAAUACAUGGCAAUUGACUAUGACAAACCACCCGGAUACAAUGUCCCUGAUGACAUAAGACGACCUGUUUCACCAGCACACGUAAUCCUGAACAAGGUUGCCACUGAUCCACCUAAAGGUUUAUCAACUGCUUCCGCUCGUGUGAAGAGAAUUCUCCGGGAAAUCUCAGCUUAUAAUAGAGAACCAUAUGCACAUAUACACAUUUACCCGUGCGACAAUAACAUUGGAUUUUGGCGCGUACUUCUUGUUGGCCCACAGAACACACCAUAUGAGGGAGGAGUAUUUGUACUAUAUGUCGAUUUCCCCGACAAGUAUCCAUUAUCUCCCCCUCAGAUUAGAUUCCUCACACCUAUAUACCACUGUAACAUCAAUGUUGCAGGUCGUAUUUGUCACAGUAUUUUUGAUCGAAAUUAUACCCCAGAUACACCAGUCAGUACUAUUUUAAUGUACGUAUUUGGAUUGCUGAUCACUCCAGAACCUGAUGAUCCGCUAGAUAGCGUGUUGGCAGAAGAAUACUUUUCUGACAAAGACAAAUAUUAUGAAACUGCAAAACAAUAUACAAAGAACCAUGCGUACAGGACCCUGCGACAAUGUCAACAGGAGAUACUCGGCAGUGCAGAGAGAGAGGCCGAACCCCUGCCAUCUCAUUUAAUCUGCCCCUUAACUAAAGAGCUAUUUGUUGAUCCGGUAGUGACGCCAUACGGCCACGUGUACGAAAGACAUGCUAUUGAAGAUCAUCUGUCAAAGUCAAACUAUGACCCUAUGGCAAAGAAACCACUACAGAGAGGGCAACUGAAGCCAAAGAAUGGUAUAUUCAAACUUGUAACUGAAUACAGAACCGUGCGUGUUAAAGCAGAUACAUGGUGGCAACAAUGA